AUGGCCUCGGACGAGAUCGUGUGGCAAUACACCCCCUUCUUCCCUCUCGCGGUCAUCGCUUCAAUCCUCUACGGCAUCAUAUUUCUCCAUCUCUUCUAUCUAACCGUCAUCCGUUACCGCGCGUGGUUCUUCCUCGCCGUGGUCGUCGGCGCGGCCGUUGAGGUCGCAGCUUACUCCGUGAGAUGUUACUCCGUCAAAAACCAGACACAAGUUACCCCCUUCGUCCUAACCCUAACCUGGACGGUCCUCGCACCCGUACUGGUCGCUGCCGGAAACUAUUUGCUCAUCGGCCGCCUCAUCCGAGCCGUUCUUCCUCCGUCUCACCAUACCGUCUUUAAGCUUCCCGCGCGAUUUCUGACGCGGCUGUAUGUCUCGUGCGAUAUCCUGUCCUUCUUCGUGCAGGGUGGCGGGUCCGGCGUCGCGAGCUCCGACAACUGGACCGGCAACACAGGGAGAAUCGGCACUUACAUCCUCAUCGGUGGACUGAGCUUUCAGGCCUUUGCUUUCGGGACGUACCUAUGUGUCCUCGUCAGGUUUCACGUGCUGGCGCGGCGGAUGGAGGUCGAGGAUGCUCCGGCAGGGUGGAGGUUGGUGUUGAAGGGUGUUUACACCAGUAGUUCCCUUAUCAUGCUUCGCUCGAUCUACAGAGUCGCCGAGUUCUCUGAGGGCACCGACGGCUACGCCUUCCGCCACGAAUGGCUUUUCUGGGUUUUCGAGACGUUGCCGAUGCUGAUUGCCAUCGGCGUGUUCUGCGUCUGGCACCCGAGCAAGUAUCUCGGUAGUAAUGGGGCGAAGAUCAAGUCGCCCAAGAAACACAAGGAUCUCGAGAUGCGGAAGACGUCCAGGCGAUUUGGGAAGGGCUCUCGCGGAGAAAAUGCCGUAUAA